AUGGACGGCGAGCCACAGAAGCUCAGCCUAAAGCGGGACGUGGGGCUGAUGGGAGCCGUGUCGCUGAUUGGUGGGACGAUGAUCGGGUCUGGGAUCUUCAUGUCUCCACAGACGGUGAUCUCCACCAUUGGCAGCCCUGGAGCCAGCCUGGUGGUUUGGGCCUGCUGUGGCUUACUGGUGAUAAUGGUAUCUUUCUGUUACGCUGAGCUGGGCACCGUUAUCGAAGAGUCAGGAGGAGAGUACAUCUACAUCCUCAGGACCUGGGGCCCAGUUGUUGCCUUCAUGCUGGUGUUCAGCUCUGUGUUUUUUGUCAGACCAGCUGGCGUUGCUGGCAUCGCCCUGAGUUUCGCUCAGUACGUCGUGGCUCCUUUUUAUUCAGAAUGCCUCCCUCCUGUGCUGGUGGUGAAAUGCGUAGCUGCCGCAGCGAUUAUAGCUCUAGCUGUCGUAAACUGCCUGAAUGUUCGCUUUGCGAUGUCGGUGCAGGUGUUUUUUAUGGUGGCCAAAGUUGUGGCCUUGGGAGUCAUCAUAAUCGGAGGGGUGGUGAUGCUCAUCAGGGGCCACACUGGCAGCUUUGAAGAUUCCUUCGAGAACACAAAUGUUGGUAUCAACCCAAUCGGUAUCGCUUUCUACCAGGGACUGUGGUCGUACGACGGCUGGAACAAUCUGAACUAUGUGACGGAGGAGCUGAAACGCCCCGAGGUAAAUCUUCCCAGAGCUCUGGUGAUAGCCAUUUCUCUGGUAACGGGUUUGUAUCUGCUGGUGAACGUGAGCUAUCUGACCGUGAUGACACCUAAAGAGCUGAUGACCUCCAACGCCGUCGCCGUUACCUGGGGGAAUAAGGUGUUAGGCAGCUGGGGCUGGAUCAUGUCGGUGGCUGCAGCUCUUUCUGCUUUUGGAUCUUUGAACGGGACUUUCUUCAGCGGGGGUCGGGUCUGUUUUGUAGCAGCCAGAGAAGGACACAUGCCAGAUAUUCUGUCCAUGGCCCACGUCCACCGGCUGACUCCUUCUCCAGCGCUCAUCUUCACCACGAUUGUCUCAUUGGUGGUGCUGAUCCCCGGAGACUUUCAGAGCAUCAUCAACUUCUUCAGCUUCACAGCCUGGUUCUUCUACGCCAUCACUCUGUCUGGGCUCAUCUAUCUCAAAAUUAAGAAGCCGGAGCUUCCCAGGCCAUUCAGCGUCCCGAUAAUCCUCCCCAUCCUGGUCCUCAUUGCUGCAGUAUUUCUCGUGCUGGCACCGAUCAUAGACGACCCUCAGAUUGAAUAUCUUUACGUGACUUUAUUUAUCUUAAGCGGAGCGAUAAUCUACGUUCCCUUCAUCCAUUACAAGCUCUGCCCCGGACUGCUGAGCAGACUGACCGUGUUCCUGCAGCUCUUUUUGGAGGUUGCCCCGGCAGAGAAAAACUUGUAA